AUGGUUCAACUCAGCACCUUCCUGAGCGUGGUAGCUCUCACAUUUUCCGCGGUCCAGGCUGCGCCUGAUCUGUCGCGUCGCCAGAACAUCCCUGACCCUGCCGGCGAGAAAAACGUCGGGAACGGAAAUGGCAUCCAGUUCAUUGGGGGUCAGUGUCUGGGAGCUGCCGACUGUGCUAGCGGAUGCUGCGCAACACUCCCGCGAGGCGGCACGACCAUCGGUGUCUGCUCUGGUGUCGGAGCCCAGAACCAGGCUGGAAAGCAGGGCUGUGGCUUCGAAUCUGGCGGUGGUGCGGGCAACAACCAAGGAGGGAAUCAAAACGUUGACCAGGGCGGCAAUGACCAAACUGGUGGUGGGAACGGGAACGGAAACCAGGGGAACAACCAGGGCGGCGGCGCCCAGGUUGGGGAGACUAUCAAGCCUAGCACUCUCAAACCGGAUCCGGCGGGUGUCGCCAACGUUGGGAACGGAAACGGUGGACAGUUUAUUGGCGGGGAGUGCACCGGCGAUGCCGAUUGCGCCUCGGGCUGCUGCGCGCUGGUAAACACGGGCGACAGCAGGUUUGGUAUUUGCUCCGGUCCGCUUGCAAACACGCAGAAUGGCAAGCAGGGAUGCGGUUUCCCGGUUGGUGGCCUGCGGCUUGCCGUAAAUGCUUGA